AUGCCAUCUUCCCGGGAGACGCAAUUCAAGAGGGCGGUAUCGAGAAGGAGCAAUCUAGGCAAGAUUGCCCGUCGCGUGUAUCGGCGUCUUGCCAUUGCUAAACUUGAGAUGGACCGUCGCUGGCAGGAUCAGCCAAUGAUUUCGGUUGAGCCUACAGUGGAACCCGCGCGCGGAAAAGAGAUGCGCCCGAGUCACUCCAUACAGCAUCCUUAUAGGACAUUGGAAGGGCCUAACAUUUCUCUCUGCCUCGCACCCGACGCCCUCGCUUCGAGCAAUGACGAGUUGCUGCCUCGCACCCCUAUACGGCAGAAUCCACCCCUUGUCGCUACGUUCAACGAUAGCAACAACGGUGGCAGUACUGACGGAGGCGAGUCAGAUGCACGGAUGAUGAAGGUUUUUGGUCAAGGGAUGCUGGGUUAUCUACCAGCGCCUUUCAUGAGCGACGAUCUUGAUCUGGAGCCAAUUGCGACAGAGCAAGAUAGCCUUCCUCCGCCACGGACCCCAGAGAAGAAUUUUAGGCUUGCCGAGUUCGUCAACAUCUCAAGAGGAUCAGCAAAACGAUCAACAGAAAGACUCAAAAUCGACAACUUGUACCGCCCUCGGCCCAAGAUCUUGAUAAAAAGCGCUCAGUGA